CCGGGGGGAGCGGCGGCGGCGGCUUCUGCGGCCGGCGGGAGCGGAGGCGCAGCUCCGCGUGCCCGGCCUCCUCUAGCAGCCCUCUGCCUGCUCGUCAGCCUUCCUCCGGGGCGGCUUCGGGGAAGCCUCCUCCCGCGCCUCUUCUUUUUUAUUUCCCUCUCUGCCUCUCCGCUGGCUUGCGUGUGAGGUAAAUUCGUCGUGUGUUGCAUACGCCGCCGUUGCGUUUCAGCCGCUUCUCUUUCCCCGGAAAAAAAAUAUAACAGCCCCCUUCCAAGAUGGGCUGCACGCUGAGCGCCGAGGACAAGGCAGCUGUGGAGAGGAGCAAGAUGAUCGACAGGAACCUGCGAGAGGAUGGCGAGAAGGCGGCCAGGGAGGUCAAGCUGCUCCUCUUAGGAGCUGGUGAAUCAGGGAAAAGCACAAUUGUCAAACAAAUGAAGAUUAUCCAUGAAGCUGGUUAUUCAGAAGAGGAAUGUAAACAGUACAAAGCUGUUGUCUACAGUAACACCAUUCAGUCCAUUAUUGCUAUCAUUAGAGCAAUGGGGAGGUUGAAGAUAGACUUUGGUGAUCCAACCAGGGCUGAUGAUGCUCGUCAACUAUUUGUGUUAGCUGGAGCAGCAGAAGAAGGAUUUAUGACUGCAGAGCUUGCUGGAGUUAUCAAGAGACUGUGGAAAGACGGUGGAGUUCAAGCCUGUUUCAACAGAUCUAGAGAAUACCAGCUUAAUGACUCUGCUGCCUAUUACUUGAAUGACUUGGACAGGAUAGCACAAACCAGCUACAUUCCAACUCAACAGGAUGUUCUCAGGACUAGAGUGAAAACUACAGGAAUAGUGGAAACUCACUUUACUUUCAAAGAUCUUCAUUUUAAAAUGUUUGAUGUUGGAGGUCAAAGAUCAGAGCGGAAGAAGUGGAUUCAUUGUUUUGAAGGUGUUACAGCAAUUAUUUUUUGUGUGGCAUUAAGUGAUUAUGACUUGGUCUUGGCUGAAGAUGAGGAAAUGAAUCGGAUGCAUGAAAGCAUGAAAUUGUUUGACAGUAUCUGCAACAAUAAAUGGUUCACAGACACUUCUAUUAUUCUCUUCCUAAACAAGAAAGAUCUCUUUGAAGAAAAAAUCAAAAGGAGUCCUCUCACUAUUUGCUACCCUGAAUAUGCAGGAUCAAACACUUACGAAGAAGCAGCUGCUUACAUUCAAUGCCAGUUUGAAGAUCUGAACAAGAGAAAAGACACAAAGGAAAUCUACACUCAUUUCACAUGUGCCACGGAUACAAAGAAUGUACAAUUUGUUUUUGAUGCUGUAACUGAUGUCAUUAUAAAAAAUAACCUUAAAGACUGUGGCCUCUUCUAAGAGCAGACAGAAUUUUGUUAAAUGGUAAAUUAAAUGCCUGAAAACAGGACUUCAGCGUUUGGAAUAUGCCUAUGUAGUGUAAAACUUACAUAGAUAUACUUAAUUCUCUUUAUUUUAUUUUUAGGUUUGAAGAACGUCUUCACACAAAUCUAAUCUGAUUGGUUUCAAUGUGAAAGAAAUAAAAAAUAUGUUGUGUUGAAUGAUAGACCAGUACUGUACUUGCCUGUUUUAACAGCUUUAUUUAUGUUUGUCUUGUAAAUUUAAGUAAUUGGGUAACUGAGAUGUCUUUCAACUGUAUGUAUUCUUAUAAUUGUAGUAAUGUAUUUGUAUAAAUGUUGAACAGAAUAUUUUAGUAACUUGAUGUCCUCUUAAAAUUUCUGUGUUUUAUUAAAAUGCUCUUAGAGGGGACAGACACUUUUUGCCUUUUGAUUAUUUAAACAUCUUGUAAAAUUAAAUUUUCUUUUCAUCGUAAGUGUGCAUGCUGCCUUAUUCUGUUGGUGAUAUUGUAUAUGAUGUUAGGGUUUUUUUUUUUUUUGAUAUUUAAACAGCUCCCUACGCCUACUCAGAUUUAAAGAGACCUAAUAAAUAAAACUUGUUUUUUUGCCUUAAAUUUUGAAAAAAUCUUCUUAAAAUUUAAGAUAAAUACAAAGAUUAUUUUUUAAAAUUUAAUUGAAAUCCACAGCUUAUGAAACUUGGGCUUGCAGUCUUUGCAGUGCAAAUAUGGCAACACUGAGAAAUUGAAUUUAAGAUUCAUCAAUCAUUGAAGUUGAUUGAAAUGCAGAAAUGAAGUUAAAACACACACAUACAGUAACAAUAAAGUCUGAAACCAUGAUCUUUACUCAUUGGAGUGAUUGGACAAGUUGCCUUUGCUCAUUUUAUAUUAUAUAGGUAACAAAAAAGAGGGUUUUCUGCUUGCUUAAGAAAUAAAAUGAGGUUCUCCUUAAACACUUUGCUAUUUUCUGGUAAUAAAACUAGUUUGAUAAUGAUAGAAAUAUUAGGACCUCCCACAAGAUAUGGUACAGUGGUCUCAGUAUUUUGGACAGGAUGACUUAGUGACUUUCAGAUGUUAAUUCUUUACUCCCUCUAAUGAUAUUUAAACUCAGACUUUCUUUAGAGUAGGUUAAAAAUACUGUUUUUUCCUUUAUAUGACUUGUUAUCUUAGGAUCAUAUGCAUUGCCUUAUGAUUAGUGUCAGAACUGAUUUUUAUACCUAUUUCAGAAAGAAUAAGCUUCUGUUUGUAAAAAAAAAAAAAAAAAAAAAAAAAUCAUGGAUGGUUGCCUUCAAUGUAUUUUGUCAUCUAGAAUAUUUACGUGCACCAAACUUUGAAAUAUGAUUUUUCUCUAAUAGACUAUAUCAGGCAGCUACUGUACACUCUAAGUUGUUUGAGAAGGAAAAAGUCUUUGAAUCUUUUGAUUUUUUUGCAUAUUAUCUUAAUGUAUCUGUUCUUAGAAGUGUUCAACCAAAAUAUCUCAAUCAUUGUUCUUUUACUUAAUUUUUGGUUGUGUAUAUGUUUCAUUUAGGCUUCAGAUUGAGCAAUUUUUACCUGUAUUGUUUUUUUUUUUUUGAUGCUUCUGUUGUUGGAAAAGCAUUUAGCAAUUCUGUAUCUAAUGAAAGAUUAGAAAAGCUAUUAAUUUAAUACGUUUGUUGAAUAUAUUUGGACACUGAGCUUUUUUAGCAGUUAUGGUAAACAGUUUCUAUAUCCUGGGCUGCUUUUAGUUGUGCUUUUACAGUUCUGGAUAUGUAACUGAUUUUUAACCUCCUUGGAAUACUUUGCGGCAAUAUUUAAAUCCACAUUUAGUUGGUUCUUGUACUUAAUGUAAAAAUUAAUGUAAAAAAAAAUGGAGUUAAUCAAAUGACUAAAGUUAAUAAAUCUAAACUUUGUGCCUUGCUUAAAAGAAAUGUUUUUCUUUAAACUUGUUGAUGGAAGUCUUUCUGCAUCCAUCCUGUAAAAAUAGCUAGGUGGUAAUAAGGAGAAGCUGCAAAGUUGAGAGUAAAUUCACAAGCUUUAUGCAAGAAAGAGAUAAAAAUGAACAUAAAUAGAUAUUACUAAUUCCUGUUUUUUUUCUUUGCCACUGUUCAUAACAGCUAAAAUUUCAGAAUUCUUGCGAUUUUGUACCUAGUGUCUUCUGAAUUAAUCAUCUUACUGUAGACAAUACUAUGAGAUACUUGUGCUUUUUGAGUCCAGGAGGAUGAACAUGUCUUUUCUGACUUGGUGUGUUGGCAGCCAAUAUGUUCCUAUAUAGGUUCUC